AACAACAAUUCACAGCAUCACAGCAAUGGCGUCUCUCCUCAACACCCUCCAACUCUCCUCCUCUCCCUCCUCCUCCCACCACCAGCGAUGGAAGCACCGUAUAUAUCCUGCUUCCAUCGGCAUUAACAGACACCUUCGCAGCUGCCUUCCAAACAUUACAUCAUGCAAUGCUAUCAGAGAUGAAAACCAUAGAGAAGGAGCGUCGGGAAAUAUCGACAGGAGAAACAUGCUCAUCGGCAUUGGAGGCUUGUACACCGCCACUGGCCUCGGUACCCUACCAACAGCUAUCGGAGCUCCAGUAUCUCCGCCCGACUUAUCCAAGUGCGGGCCCGCAGAUCUACCGACCGGUGCAACCCCGACGAAUUGUUGCCCGCCCUUUGAUCAGAAGAUCAUAGACUUCAAGCUUCCAUCGCCUUCAACACCCAUGCGCACGCGGCCUGCGGCCCACUUGGUGGACCGUGAGUAUGUAGACAAGUACAAGAAGGCCAUUGCACUCAUGAAGGCUCUACCCUCCGAUGACCCACGGAAUUUUACGCAGCAGGCCAAUGUGCACUGCGCCUACUGCGAUGGCGCCUACGAUCAGAUCGGCUUUCCCGACUUGGAGCUUCAGGUGCACAACUGCUGGCUAUUCUUGCCAUGGCACCGCUACUAUCUCUACUUCUUCGAGAAGAUACUCGGCAAGUUGAUCGGCGACAGCACAUUCGCUCUUCCAUUCUGGAACUGGGACGCUCCCAAAGGCAUGACACUUCCUGCCAUUUACGCUGACUCGAAUUCGCCCCUCUACGACAAGCUCCGGGACGCCAAGCACCAGCCACCGACGGUGAUAGACCUCAACUACGACUUAACAGAUCCCACCAACACCGAAGAGCAACGGAUAUCUGACAACCUCAAUAUCAUGUACCGACAGGUGGUCGGUGCCAAGACAGCCCAGCUCUUCAUGGGUGCUACCUACAGGGCCGGGGACGCUCCUGACCCUGGCGCCGGUACCUUGGAGAACGUCCCACACGGACCAGUCCACAUCUGGACUGGCGACCGCAACCAGCCUAACAUAGAAAACAUGGGCAACUUCUACUCGGCGGGCCGUGACCCUAUCUUCUUCGCCCAUCACUCGAAUGUCGAUCGGUUGUGGAAUGUAUGGAAAGGGUUGGGAGGAAAGCGGAAGGACUUCACUGACUCGGAUUGGUUAAACUCGGCCUUCCUCUUUUACGACGAGAACUCCCAGCUCGUGAGGGUGAAGAUUCGCGACUGCCUGGAUUCGACAAAUCUCAGAUACACAUACCAACCAGUCGAUAACCCUUGGAUUAAUGCCCGCCCUACUUCGGUUAAAGCCAAGGUAUCCGCUGCAACAGCAGCCGUGAAGAAGAGCGAAUUCCCUCGAGCUCUUGACUCGGUCAUCAAAACCCGAGUUGAUAGGCCGAAGAAGUCUCGUAGCAAGAAGGAAAAGGAGGAUGAAGAAGAGGUUCUGGUCAUCGAUCAGAUCGAACUGGAACGAGACACGUUUGUGAAAUUCGACGUGUUUAUCAACGUCGAGGAUGAAAACUCGACGGGUCCUAGCGCGACUGAGUUCGUUGGAAGCUUCGUGAAUGUGCCGCACAAGCACGGCAAGAAGACAACGAAGCUGAAGACGUGUUUUAGGUUGGGAAUCACGGACGUUCUGGAUGACUUGGGUGCUGAUGCAGAUGAUGACGUGGUCGUAACCCUAGUGCCACGUCAGGGGAAGGACGUGAUCUCCAUUGGACGGAUAAGGAUAGAAUUGAUCUCCUAGAGAUAGUUCAACGUACCUUCACGGGACACGUGGAGGUUGAUCUAGUAAUAUGAAAUGUCCAAUUAGAGGGCCUGGAAUAAUAAUCUGAUUAAAUCAUUUAAGCUUUUCAUCA